AUGAAUAUCGAUAUACCGAAGCUGGUCAAGGCUGCCGUGCCGGAGUCAGAAGGACGCAAUGCGCGCAUCGUCUCAGACAACAUGACCCGCUCCAACUAUAGAGAUUCCAACUUCCUGUCCCAGGAUUUUCCUCGCGCGCGACCGAAGCUAUACGUAACUGCCGAAGAUGACGACUUUGACGAAAUCACUCUAGGGGAAUGGCGCGACGAGAACUUCGAUGUCGAGUAUCUGCCAAUGGGAAGCAGUGCGGACAAGUACCGGAGCAAGAUCCGAUCGUUGAGCAAAAAGAAAAUGGGGCCCUGCGAGACUUUUGGCAUCGUCGCUUAUGGCGAUGCUGCGGCCAUCUGCCUGGAGCACUACCACGUAAUGGACAACAACCCGGAGUUCAAGCUCGGGCUGCUCAUCGCAUACUAUCCGACGGCCAUCCCAGACCCCAAGGGGCACUUCCCCAGCAGCAUCUCGACUCUCGUCCAUCUCGCCGCAGGGGAGGAGAUUGGUAUCACCAAGCAAACCCAGAUGGUAGGGAUACAGGGCAAACGGCGCACGACCCGCAAGAAGGUAGAAAGCGGCAUCGGCACGGGAGGCACCUUGCGGCUCGCGUACCCAACCUACACGUACGACGCCGUGCCCGGUUUCGCCGAGCAUGACCUGGAAGAAUACAGCAAAGUCCCCGCCGAGUUAGCGUGGAGCCGGAGCUUGAGUGCGGCGAGGAAGGCGUUCAACAACCACGUCGACUUGGAACUUGUGUUGGAGGAAAAUGUACAGGUACUCACCAGAACUGAUGCUGCAAAAAGGCAGAAGACCGAUCGAGAGCUGAUUUUGUUGCGCGCAGGCAAAUUCUUCACUCGAAACCUGAACCAAACAAUGUCAACGUACACGACCCACAAGAGCCCGCACGUCACUCACAUGCCGACCCUGACGGGAGGCAUUGGAGCAUCGGAGCUCGAACGCUUCUACUCUCAGUUCUUCAGCAACCCCCCAUCACUGAAGCUGACCCUCAUUUCUCGCACCAUCGGGGCCGACCGAGUCGUCGACGAGGUCCACGUCCGUUUCAAGCAUACCGAGGAGAUGCCGUGGAUCUUGCCCGGCGUCCCGCCAACGAACAAGCGAGUCGAGGUGCUCGUGGUCAGCAUCGUCGGAUUGAGAGGAGGCAAGCUCUACCACGAGCACGUGUACUGGGACCAGGCCAGUGUUCUGGUGCAAACUGGCUUAUUGGACCCGGAGCUGGUCCCAGACGCGGCACGCAAGAACGGGGUGCAGCGGCUCCCGGUCGUCGGAAGAGAGGCGGCGAGACGAGUUCUGAAGGGGUGGGACCCGGACGAGGAGGGAGAAGCCGACAAUGAGCUGAUAUCGGGUUGGGGCGAUGAGGAUGAGCAAGGAGAUGAAGGGGACGAAAACGGGGCUGGCCAAGACCGUGAACGACAGAAGAAGAAAGACUCAAACAAAAAUGACUCUGACAAGAAGGACUCGGCCAAAAAAGACUCGAGCAAGAAAGACUCAAGCAUGAAAGAAUCGGACAAGAAAGCCUCCAACGAGAAAGACUCGGACGAGAAAGAAUCGGACAAGCAAGACCUGGACGAGAAAGGCUCGGACAACAAAGGUCUGCCCGAAAGGCCCAAGUCUUCGACCGAAAACUCUAGCGAUAAGUCAUGA